CUACAGCCAAAACCAGCAGAAGCAACCAUGCAACCCAUCUCCCCUGCCAGACAACUGUCCCAACCCCCGGGGCAUCCAUGUCAUUUCACCUCACCACCCUCAAUUUCUUCAAUUAAGUCUUCACUUCACUCCACCACAACCCCUGCAUCUGAAGAAGCAAACAAACCGAAACUCCUCUGCCCCAUUUCCCUCUCAUCUCUCAUAACCCCAGAAUACAACAAAUCCCAGCAAUCAGGCAGCGAAGAUGAGAGCUACGAACCACUUGAUCGGUCUCCUCAACUUCCUGACCUUCCUCCUCUCCAUCCCAAUCAUCGGCGGCGGGAUAUGGCUCAGCACCAGGGCCAACUCCACCGACUGCCUCAAAUUCCUCCAGUGGCCCAUCAUCGUCAUCGGCGUCUGCAUCAUGGUCGUCUCCCUCGCCGGGUUCGCCGGCGCCUGCUACAGGAACACCAUGCUGAUGUGGGUCUACCUCUUCGUCAUGUUCUUCGUCCUCGCCGCCCUCGUCGGGUUCAUCAUCUUCGCCUACGCCGUCACCGACAAGGGCGCCGGCCGGUCGCUGCUGAACAGGGCCUACUUCGAUUACUACCUCCAGGACUACUCCGGCUGGCUGGAGGAGAGGGUCGCCAGCGACAGCUACUGGGGCAAGAUCGCGUCCUGUGUAAGAGAUUCCAAGGCAUGUGCGAAGAUGGGCGUCACCGUUAAUGGCGUCCCUGAAACUUCUGAUAUGUUCUACCGCCGGCGGCUAAACUCCAUCCAGUCUGGGUGCUGCAAGCCGCCGACAGAAUGUGGAUUCACCUACGUGAACGAGACUAUAUGGACGUCGUCAGGAGGCGUUGUGUACAACCCUGACUGCAACCUCUGGAGCAACGACCAGGCGCAGCUAUGCUAUUCGUGCAGCUCCUGCAAGGCCGGUGUUCUGGCAAGCAUCAAGAAGAGCUGGAGGAAGGUCUCCGUGAUUAACAUCGUCGUGCUGAUCAUCCUGGUCAUCGUCUACGUCAUAGGAUGUGCAGCUUUCAGGAACAAUCGCCGGAUGGAUAACGACGAAUCUUACGGUCAGGCGAGGAUGACAAAAGCACGACCUAGUAGCAUCCAGUUCUAAACUGGGAAUGCAGAUUUUUAUUACUCAGGACGAAAAAUGUAUGUUGUGCAAUUUUUAUAGUUUUGGGUAUAUGCUUAGUUAGGACUGAUGUCUGAAACAUGGUUGGUUCUUGUUUGUGGGUUUUGAAGGGACUUAGUUGUAUAUGUUUUGCUUGCAAGAAUCUGCAUUUCCAUUCUGGUCAUCAUCAAUCCUUGUAUAAGAAAGGAAGGCAACAUGAAAGAAACUAAUGUACCCACCAACUCCCUUCUCUAGACUCUUAUGUAUCGUGGUGCUUCUAUACAUUGCAAAGUAAUGCUCUUUCGGUCUUUCCAAGGUUAAAGGAGUAGCAGCAAGCAUGGGAAUCUUUAUGUUACCAACCAAAAGCAAAACAAAAAGAUUCAGCUCGAUUUCUGGAGAUACAGCAGCAAAAGGUGUGCGCGUUGAAGGAUUGUUAAGUCAUGCGAAUCAUGUCUUAUCUAGGAAUGAGAAAAAGGAAUCACCCAUCCUUCACAAACGUGCAAAUUUCACAACUUUGUAGUAAAGCAAUCAAUACCUGUGUGCUUGAGUUACGAGAUUCCAUGUUGACUGAAACCUCGGGUCUCUGUAAUAUAUAUGCAUCACAGGUGAGUUUACCUAAGCAGAAAAAACUUGAGUUUUUGUAGCAACCAAUGAAACUUGAGUUCCAAA